GACCCCACCCCCCCUUCCGCCUCCCCCUUUCUACUUCUCCAUAGCACGGAGACCUCCCACCUCCACAGAACAGCACCACCGCCGCCCCCGCCGCCGCUCGCGCCGCUGAGCGCUGCCUUCGCACCUUCAUCUGCUUCCCUCUUCGCGUUCUUAGACAAGAAAGUCGUUCUUGGCUUGAUCAAUUUUGGUCUGAGCGGAGGGGCAGCUGAUGGUCGUGAGCCGGUGAGGGUGGCGGCGGUUCCGGUAUGGGAAGCGUCGGUGGAUAUGAGGAGUUCCCCGCCGGCGUGACGGGGGCGGACGCGGAGGUGGGGGCGCUAGUCUGGGUGCGCCGCCGCAACGGAUCCUGGUGGCCCGGCCGGAUCCUUGGCCAGGACGAGUUACCCGAGAACUGCGUGGUUCCACCGCGCUCCGCAGGCACACCCAUCAAGCUCCUCGGCCGCCCGGACGGCAGCAUUGACUGGUAUAAUCUCGAGAAGUCUAAGCGUGUGAAGGCAUUCCGGUGUGGUGAGUAUGAAGAAUGUAUAGAAAAAGCGAAAAUUUUGGCUCGCCAGCAAAAGAGGACCUACAAUGAAGGAAAGUAUGUUCGCAGGGAGGAUGCCAUUAUGCACGCCCUUGAAAUAGAAAGAUCGCGCCUUCCAGAUGAAGAUGAGAUGGACGAUGCUAUGUGUGCAUCCGAGAACAGGUAUUCUGCGAACUCUAAAAACAUAGGUGGGGCUAGCAGAAUAUCUUCUCGGAUUGAAAGGGGUCUGUAUGAUAUUGAAGAAAACUCAGCUCAAGGUUUAUCUGAAGCUUCAACAUUUUUCAAGCUGCCACAAAAUAUAUCCUCUUCAAGCACUAGGUAUGCUUCAUCGUCAAGGAAGAAACGGAAGGCAUCAAAUAAAUUUGAGGAUGACACAGUUAAAGGAUUCCGGCGUAUGAGAGACCUUAUUGGGUCAAACAGGGUCCCCAAACAGAAGUCAAGUGCUGGUUCUUUUUCAAAUGGGUAUCAUGAUUUACCUCAUCUUGAAAGUGGGCCAAGCUUUGGCUAUGAGUUGCCUAGCACAAAUGGAAUAAACAAGAGUAAGCAGUCUCAUUCAUUGCCAAAAAGGAAACGCUCCAAUAUUGGGCAAGCUUAUGAAAAUUCGAGAAAGAAAGAUAGGCGACGCCCUUUGUCGAAGUUAUGUAAAGAUUCAGCAGUGAAAGUUCCAACAUAUUGGGAUGCUUCAGGGCAGUCUUCUAUCCAGUUCCCUGGACACAAACUGUCGAACGUGUUUGAAUCAAAUUGGGGGGGAUUUUCUGUGCCAGGAAAUUUAAAUUGUUCCUACAGCUCGGGCACUUCAAGUGUGGAGACUUUAGCAGAUGCCUUAUGUACUAAUUGCAGUGGUGCUAGCAAAGCUUCUAAACUAAAGGAAGCUGAAGUCUUGGACAGGUCUGGGUCUGGGUUUCUUAAUGACGUCUGCUCUGAUGAUGAGUUUCUUGAUGCUCCCCGUACUAUGGAGGACGAUGUAACAACAGAAGGCCAUUUGCACACACAUGGAUCUUAUGCUUCUGUAAAGGACGAGACCAUAAAUGGCAAGACACAAACUACUGACUAUAGCAGAGAACACACACCCUUACUUCGUGAUAAUACAAGUUCGAAGAAGAAAAACAUACUGGUUACUUCAGUAAGCUGCAACAUGGAUGAAAGCUUGAUGGUGCAACAAUAUGGAAGGACAAUAAAAUGCAAGGAACAAGAUGAAGAUGUUACUGGGUUGGAUGCAGGAGUGGGAAGUGCUAGUGAUCCUGGGAGUAGCAUGAAAUUUGUGCUGAUUCCUCCAGAUGAUGGUGCUGGCAUUAUGGGGCAACAAUAUUAUGAAAGCGGGCCCGAGCAUGAUGAGUCAUUUGAAACUCUAAGCAACCAUUCACACUCUGAAAAGGUUGGGGCAGCAUCCCCAUAUUAUGGGUCACCGCUUCAAGUAAUACCGCCUGAGCAGAAACCUGAUAUGAAAUCUACAAGAUGCCAUGUGGUAAAGCCAAUCAAGAGUGUACAAGCAGACUAUAAACUUUAUGAUGUUGAGUUGGCAGUCGAAGGAACCUACAAGGACCACCGUGCACCUCUUGUUUCUCUGACAAGUAAAUGGAACCGUAAACCUGUUAUGGGGUUCCCUGUACCUGUUGUUGUUUUGGAUGACAGUUGUCAUGUGGAGAGUAGAGAUAAUCAACAUCUGGCAAAGAACAGUCUUACCCACUUGCUAAAGAGGAGCGAAGUUGCAGAACCGCGCCAGCCAAGAUCGUCACAUGCAUCUAAAUCGAAACUUGGUGGCCGUAAAAAGGUUUCAGAGCAUGAUAUGGAUAAGUCCUGGCGGCCACAUACCAAGAAAUCAGCAUCUUCACCGAGGAAAAUGCGCAGGCUCUCAUCUUUUGGCAGCAGCCGUAGAGAAAGCACAAACAAAAAUACUGUAGUUCAGAAAAUUGGCAGGCCAACUAUCGCGUGCAUCCCGGUUCGACUUGUUUUCAGUAGGAUCAAUGAAGCAUUAAGCUUUCAAGUGAGAUCAGAAAACACUACCUGAGGUGCUCUGCCAGGACUUUGAAUUAAAGAGGGCCUCCGAUCAUACAAUUUCUAGCUUUUCAUGUACAUUAGUCGCCAUAAUUUUUUAAAGCUUGAUGCCUGGCAUGUUUAUAUGACUAUUAUGUGCUUGUAAUCCAUAAGUGCAGUAGGCAAUUAUUACUUACCCACGGCCAGUGUUGGGUGAGACUUCCAUGGUGGAAGGAAAUAAGCAGCAUCAGUAAUUUUGCGCUGAUGGUGUUGAAGCAGGGAAGGAAAUAAGCAGAUUUAGUAUUUCUCUAA